CUCUCCCAGGUAGUAUAAAGACAAGCCGUCCCAGCCAUCACCUUGUGACUCUCACUCUCAGUGCCACCAUGCUGGCCUCAGGACUGCUUCUGGUGGCUUUGCUGUCCUGCCUGACAAUAAUGGUCUUGAUGUCUGUCUGGCGGCAAAGGAAGUUCUGGGGAAAGCUGCCUCCUGGUCCCCGAGCGCUGCCCUUCAUCGGGAACUACUUGCAGCUGAACACAGAGCAGAUGUACAACUCCCUCAUGAAGAUCAGCGAGUGCUACGGUCCCGUGUUCACCAUCCACCUGGGCACUCGGAGGAUCGUGGUGCUGUGUGGACAUGAGGCUGUAAAGGAGGCUCUGGUGGACCAGGCUGAGGAAUUCAGUGGGCGAGGCGAGCAGGCCACCUUUGACUGGCUCUUCAAAGGCUAUGGCGUGGUGUUCAGCAACGGGGAGCGCGCCAAGCAACUCCGGCGCUUCUCCAUCAGCACGCUGCGGGACUUCGGCGUGGGCAAGCGCGGCAUCGAGGAGCGCAUCCAGGAGGAAGCGGGCUUCCUCCUCGAGGCCUUUCGUGGCACGCGAGGUGCCUUCAUUGAUCCCACCUUCUUCCUGAGCCGAACUGUCUCCAAUGUCAUCAGCUCCAUUGUCUUUGGGGACCGCUUUGACUACGAGGACAAAGAGUUCCUUUCACUGCUGCGCAUGAUGCAGGGAAGCUUCCAGUUCACAGCUACACCUACAGGGCAGCUCUAUGAGAUGUUCUCCUCAGUGAUGAAACACCUGCCAGGGCCACAGCAGCAGGCAUUUAAGGAGCUCCAGGGACUGGAGGACUUCAUAGCCAAGAAGGUGGAGCAGAACCAACAUACACUGGAUCCCAACUCCCCGCGGGACUUUAUUGACUCCUUCCUCAUCCGCAUGCAGGAGGAGCAAAAGCACCCCAACUCCGAGUUCCACAUGAAGAACCUGGUAAUGACCACGCUGAACCUUUUCUUUGCGGGCACCGAGACGGUCAGCACGACCCUGCGUUAUGGUUUCCUGUUGCUCAUGAAGCACCCAGAUGUGGAGGACACACCCUGCUAUCCCGAGACUGGGUGAUGAUAUUCAGCUAAUAGGGACCAGCCAAGUUUCAUUAGCUGUUAACAUAUUGAAAAUAUCUGAACUGAUUGGUAAAUAGCUCCACGAAGUGCCCACUACCUGCCGCUCCAGACCAUCCCCCAAGACUCCUCCCUCGCAGCUUCCCCCAUGAUUCUGGCACAACCAGGUUAACACGACCCUGCCCCAA